AUGCCUCUUAACCACCAGCUUCACAGGCCUCCCUACAAGCGCACAGUUGAGGACAAAUACAGUGACAACUGGGCUGGCGCCGUCUUGGUCGGCACAGGGUACAACAGCGUGACGGCUGAGUUCACGGUGCCGACCCCUUCAGCCCCCCCUGGCGGCAAUAGCAGUAGUGAGGAGAGCUACUGUGCCGCAGCCUGGGUGGGCAUUGAUGGCGACACCUGCGAGACUGCGAUCCUACAGAGUGGCGUCAACUUUUGUGUUAAAGGCAGCGAGGUGUCCUUUAACGCGUGGUACGAGUGGUAUCCAGAAGACCAGUAUACCCUUGACCUGGCCAUCUCUGCUGGCGAUGUGGUCAAGGUAACAGUUAUGACCAGUAAUGUUUCCAGCACUGCAACAAUUGAGAACACUACAACAGACAAGUCGGCCAUAUACACCUUUGCUAAUACGAGACACGACCCUCUGUGCGAAUAUAAUGCCGAGUGGAUCGUGGAGGACUUCAAGAUCAAUAACAAUUCAUUUGUUCCCUUUGCAGACUUCGGCACUGUCACCUUCUCCUCUGCCUCGGCCGGUACUACAUCUGGCGACACCGUCGGUCCUGCCGAUGCUACCCUUUUCAAUAUUAUACAAGAGAAUGGCCUUCUCACUUCAGUCUCUGUUACUGAAGACUCUGUCACUGUGACCUACAUUUAG